AUGAGCAGACGACAGCCUAAGGGGGACGACCCAAGGAAGACGACCAAAGGUGGACGACCCAAAGAAGACGACCCAAGGAGGACGACCCAAGGAGGACGACCCAAGGUGGACGACCCAAAGAAGACGACCCAAGGAGGACGACCCAAGGUGGACGACCCAACGAACCAAGGAGGACGACCCAAGGUGGACGACCCAAGGUGGACGACCCAAGGUGGACAACCCUCGGAGGACGACCCAAUGAGAUCGAUCCAAGGAGGACGACCCAAGGAGGACGACCCAAGGUGGCCGACCCAGGUAGGACGACUCAGGAAAGACGACCUAAGGAGGACGAUCCAAGGAGGACGACCCAAGGAGUACGACCCAAGAGGACGACCCAAGGAGGACGAUCCAAGGAGGACGACCCAAGGAGGACGACCCAAGGUGGACGACCCAGGUAGGACGACCCAGGAAAGACGACCCAAGGAGGACGAUCCAAGGAGGACGAUCCAAGGAAGACGACCCAAGGAGGACGACCCAAGGUGGACGACCCAAGGUGGGAGGACGACCCAAGGAGGACGAUCCAAGGAGGACGACCAAGGAGGACGACCCAAGGUGGACGACCCAGGUAGGACGACCCAGGAAAGACCCCAAGGAGGACGAUCCAAGGAGGACGAUCCAAGGAGGACGACCCAAGGAGGAGGGGACGAUCCAAGGAGGACGACCAAAGGUAGACGACCCAAGGUGGACAACCCAGGUAGGACGACCCAGGAAAGACGACCCGAGGAGGACGACCCAAGGAGGACGACCCAUGGAAGACGACCCAAGGUGGACGAUCCAAGGUGGACGACCCAAGGAAGACGACCCAAGGAGGACGACCCAAGAUGGACGACCCAAGGAGGACGGCCCAAGGGGGACGACCCAAGGAAGACGACCCAAGCAGGACGACCCAAGGAGGACGGCCCAAGGUGGACGACCCAAGGAGGACGAACCAAGGUGGACGACCCAAGGAAGACGACCCCGAAGGUGGACGACCGACGACCCAAGAUGGACGACCUAAGGAAGACGACCCAAGGAGGACGACCCAAGGAGGACGACCCAAGGUGGACGACCCAAGGAGAACGACCCAAGGAGGACGACCCAAGAUGGACGACCCAACGAGGACGACCCAAGAUGGACGACCCAAGGAAGACGACCCAAGGAGUACGACCCAAAGAAGACGACCCAAGGAAGACGACCCAAGACGACCUAAGGAAGACGACCCAAGGAGACGACCCAAGGAGGACGACCCAAGAAGACGACCCAAGGAAGACGACCCAAAGAAGAUCCAAGGAAGACGACCCAAGGAGGACGACUCAGGGAGGACGACCAAAAGAAGACGACCCUAGGAGGACGACCCAACGAGGACGACCCAGGGAAGACGACUCAAGGAGGACGACCCAAGGAAGACGACCCAAGGAGGACAACCCAAGGAGGACGACCAAAGGAAGACGGCCCAAGGAAGACGACCCAAGGAUGACGACCCAAGGAGGACGACCCAAAGAAGACGACCCAAGGAAGACGACCCAAAGAAGACGAUCCAAGGAAGACGACCCAAGGAGGACGACUCAAGGAGGACGACCAAAAGAAGACGACCCAAGGAAGACGACCCAAGGAGGACGACCCAGGGAAGACGACUCAAGGAGGACGACCCAAGGAAGACGACCCAAGGAGGAUAACCCAAGGAGGACGACCAAAGGAAGACGGCCCAAGGAAGACGACCCAAGGAGGACGACCCAAGGAGGACGACCCAAGGAGGACGACCAAAGGAAGACGACCCAAGGUGGACGACCCAAAGAAGACGACCCAAGGAGGACGACCCAAGGAGGACGACCCAAAGAAGACGACCCAAGAAGGACGACCGAAGGAAGACGACCCAAGAAGGACAACCCAAGGAAGACGACCCAAGGAGGACGACCAAAGGUAGACGACCCAAGGAAGGCGAUCCAAGGAGGACGACCCAAGGAGGACGACCCAAGGAGGACGACCCAAGGAAGACGACCCAAGGAAGACGACAAAAGGAAAACAACCUAA